AUGCCCGAGGGUCCACAAGAGCUUAAUGCUUUAAGUGUUUGUGCUGUACAAUAUUUUGCGAACACGUCUUACGCAAGCUGUGCUACAAAUUUAAUGGCUUUAUCAACUUCUGCACUGAAUGUUCAACCAUCUGGUUGUUAUAUGGGCUAUUGUGAUUUUGUACGAUGUUUACGACGAACGAAUUCUGUUAAUUUGAUAACUCAAUGCACGAGAGAAGCUCGGACUGGUGUUAACAUAACACUCGAUAGUGAUAAUGUACGAUUUUAUACAAAUGUAACGUCAUGUAUUUUGGCAAAAACAAGGUGUGGCAGUUUCAAUCCUAUCACAGGAGACCCGCAAACCCCCGGAUUUACUUCUACUGGGUUAAGAAUAAGCAAUGCAUUACAAUUUUCUGACGCUGGGGAACUUAGGGUAUUAGCGUUUUCCGCAGCUACACCAGUUUCAAUUUCAUUUUGUACUUCAUCUAGUAAUUUAACGCAAACGAGUUGGUUAACCAACGUUUGUUAA